UCAGUUAAAACGGCCUCAGUUGUGAUUUGAUAUUCAUCGGACGUGAAUUACAUUCUAUAAUCAUUUGUGUGGUUGUUUUUUUUGUCGAAAUCGAAACCGCGAAUCAUUAAAUAUAAUGAUAAAUAAUCGAAAAAUGUCCGGGACACUGCAGAGUGUCUUAAUAGUUUUGUGUCUAUUCGCCCAGUGCAGAGGAAGUUCUUUACCAACUGAUGCCACCUUGAGGGUCCCAAUUCCGUCAAAGGAAUCUAAAAUCAUUGGAGGUUCACCGAUAUCAAUUAACGAUGCCAAGUAUCAGGCUUCAUUGCGUAUCGUUGCCACCGAAAGUUCCCGCGGCCUUGGAUAUGGUCAUAUUUGUGGAGGUUCCAUCAUCACCCAGAGAGUAAUAUUAACUGCAGCUCAUUGUUUGAUGAAUUACAACACAGAUCCCGCAACAGAACGUACCGCCGGCGAGUUCAAAGUCGUGGUGGGCUCCACCCAACUUUUUGUCAAAGAAGCCAAUAUGCUGCAAUAUUAUGUCCAGGAACUUGUGAGGCAUGUCGGUUUUGAUAGCGUCAGCAUGGUAAAUGAUAUAGCCUUGGUCUUCAUUAAUGGUUAUAUACCAUGGAAUUGGCCAACGGCAAAGGCAAUACAUUUAAAUGACAUGGAAUUGAAUGAUGGUGUACCCUGUAAUGUCAGUGGUUGGGGUAAUACGGAAAUGGGCACUAUACCCAACAACCUGCUGUCAACUGUGGUGCGCAGCAUAUCCUACGCCGAUUGUGAUUCGGUUUAUGGUAACAUACCGCUGACCAUGAUUUGUGCUGGCAACUUUAUGGCCGGUGGUGUUGAUGCUUGCCAAGGCGAUUCUGGUGGUCCAAUGGUCUGUGCCGACAGUCAAGUUGGCAUUGUAUCGUGGGGUAUUGGUUGUGGCCAGCGUUUUAAUCCCGGCGUCUACACAAAUGUUUCGUCAUUUCACAAUUGGAUUGUACAGGCCAAUAACACCUUUAAUUAUACCCUCUAUAGAAAUAGUGCUGGUAAUUUGAAAUCUGCAUAUGUUCCAGUUUUUAUAAUCUGUAGUUUAUUAAAGUUUUUCAAAUUGUUUUAAAAUUUAAGUUUAAGAAAAAUUGUGGGGAAAAUUGAAUUUAUUGCAGAAAUUCGAAUGUAGACUAAAAUU